UACACAGAGAUACACACAUAUAUAAUACACACCCACGCAGUGAGAGAUACACACAGAGAGAUACACACAGAGAGAUACACACAGAGACACACAACAUCAUCAUCACACUGACAGCCCCUGCGCUAUCUGGAGCAACGGGGAGAAAAAAACAAGGACCGAAUAUUUUCAACUUUCGUUGCAGGCAAAGCGGGUGACACCACCACCAUGGCCAGCGUGAACACGCACGCAACCACUGCCACCACUGCCACCACGACUCAGCGCGUUGCAUCGGUUACCUGCACCUGUAACUUCAACUACUUACGCUCGGCCGACGGGAUCCUGGCCAUUGUGGAGCUGGUGAGCGGCUUUUUGGUGUGGGCGCUGAUUUCGGACACCAACUUCUCAGUGAAGGGCCAGUACAUCUGGGUCAUGCUGGUGGCCGUGCUGUUCUGGAUUCUCACCGCGCUGCUCUUCAUCUUCGAGCUGACUGCCCUGCACUGCCGCAUACCCCACUUCCGCGUCAUUGUGUUCUCCAUCAACGCCAUAGGCAGCGUCCUCUACCUGUCGGCCUUCAUCGCGAACGCGGCGAGUGUGACAGUACCCCAGAUCGUCAACAAUUGGGCAGCGUCCGCGUUCUUCGCGGCCCUCACCACGAUCGCCUACAUUCUGAGCGCCCUGCUGGGCUUCGCCACCCUGAAGGGACUCUCCAUGCCGCUCGCUCGCUCCCGGGAGGCGGCGUCUUAGGCGGGAGCGUGACCCAAACCCUCAACCCACACGGCCAGCAUCAUCAUCAGCAGCAGCAGCAUCGGCAGCAUCAUCAGCAGCAUCAUCAUCUGCUGCAUGAGCAGCGCAUCAACAGCAUCAACAUCAUCAU